GACUGGAUCCCAAGACUCCCAGGAUCAUGACCUGAGCUGGAGCUAGAUGCUCAACCAGUGAGUUUCUGUAACACUUUGGACCUGGUAUGAGGUCAUCACAGUUCAGGACUGCUCCAUAGUAAGUUUUGAAGCUUCCUCUAGCAGAAGGGCAAUCACAGCCACUGAUUGCAGCUUUUUCUGCACAGGUGUCCUGUGCCUGUGCUUUAAAAAAACCAAAUUUUUGCAAUGAAGAUAUUUGAAGAAUUAUUUCCUGACCUUCAGCUCUGAACACCAACAACACCAUUCCAAAAACUACAUCAUUUGGCAUCCAGGGUGGAGCUUUAACUCUUUUCUUCUGGACUCUAAGCCAUGGUGAAAACUGUCAAGACUUUUGGGACCCAUGCCUGCUGGUUAUGUUCCACACGAUGGCUCCCUCCCUUCUCUAUCUGGGCCCUUACCAUCAAGCACAAAGUUAUUCCAGGACCUGGAGUAAAGAUACUUUUAAACACAAAACCCAGUAAGACUGGACUUCCUUGGAAACUGGUCUCAGCUAAUGUAUUGAUUAGAGAAGGAGCUUCUCACACCAGACUUGCCAGUGUGAAAAUGACCUGGAGCUACCCUGUCAGGCUUCUGUUUUUUGUCAGUUUGGCAUUAUGGAACAUACACUUGGGAAACAACAGUCACAGAGAAGAAAUCAACAAUGCUACAACCCAGAAGCUCCAGCAGAAAACACUCAACUGGACCCUGAAUAAUUUGGGGGAGGUGAAUGGGAACGGAGAUGGCUGGAGGCCCCAGGAUACACGUCCCUACUUCCAUGCUUUCCAAGAUCUAGGUGCCUCCUCGCCGCCGCGCUGCUGCAGGAACGGCGGCACCUGCGUGCUGGGCAGCUUCUGCGUAUGCCCCGACCCCUUCACCGGCCGCUACUGCGAGCACGACCAGAGGCACAGCGAAUGCGGCGCACUAAUGCACGGAGCCUGGACAUUCCGCGGCUGCCGCCUCUGCAGGUGUGUCUUCGCAGCCCUGCACUGCCUCCCUCGCCAGACACCUGGCAGCUGCGACCUGGAAGAUCUUCUUGCUGCACGCUCUGAUGGACUAAGCGCACAACUAAGCUCACAACGCAUGCUGAGUGUUCUCUUCCUCCUUCCGUGCUUGCUCUUACAAACUAUCCUGAGUGAAGGGGGAGACUGCUAACUAAACCGUAGAGGACUUAAUCUGCAGUUCCACACUGGCAGAACCUUGGCGUCACCAGCACAGCUUGAGUAAGCAUGGUCCUCUAUGGGAAAACCAGGACUUGUGCAUCAUCUCAUUUUCUGUUGUAGGUAAUAGAUUUCCUACAUUUCCUAUAAACUGAAGCAUGAGAUGAAUAUUUUUAUUGUUCAAUAAA